AUGCCGGCUAUCGGUCUCCUCCCCAACCUAGCUUCGACUUCGCUUUCGACGAGGCCUGGGUGGCCCAGGUGAACCAUGUGAAGAGGAAAAUCCGCAGCGAGCUAAACCUGCCCGACUGGCAGAAGUAUGGCUUCGGCCAUAAGCGGGCCGCGGAGUUCGAGCAGCUCGCAGCCUCCGGAGACGACCCGCCUGGGGCCGUGGCGCGGGAGACAGUAGCGAUGAGCCUGGAGGACUUCUGGGAGAAGUACGAGAAGCCAGGUCGCCCUUGCCUCAUCUCCGGCAUCCCCGAGUUUCAGCAAUGGCCGGCUUGCCAGAAGUGGACUUUUGACGGCUUCUUCAAGAAGUUCCGCCAUUCACACUUCAAAGUCGGCAAAGAUGAUGAUGGCUCCACCAUCAGGCUUCGCGCAGAUUUCUUCGAAGAGUACAUGAAGACGCAAAAGGACGACAGUCCUGUCUACCUCUUUGACAACCACUUCAAGCAUGAGAAGAAGGAGCUGCUGAGUGAUUACCGCAUUCCGCAUUAUUUUCCAGAUGACUUCAUGGCCCUUGCCAACGACGACCGACCCCCGUACCGCUGGAUUGGCAUCGGCCCCAAGCGAAGUGGCACGGUGAUGCACCAGGAUCCGCUGUGCACUUCAGCUUGGAACACCCUCAUCCGCGGUCGAAAGUUAUGGCUCCUUCUUCCGCCAUCCACUCCGAAGAGAGUCGCAAAAUCCAAAGAUGUCAUGCUUCCGGAUGAUGACGAUGAAGCUUGCAAUCACUUUUUGGAUCUUCUACCGCGCAAACGCGCCAGGCAAGAUCCGGACUUUCAUCCCCUGCUGUGUGUGCAGUAUCCCGGGGAGACGAUAUUUGUUCCUGGAAACUGGUGGCAUUGUGUCCUCAACCUCGAUGACACCAUUGCGGUGACGCAGAACUACGUGGGCCGCCAUAACUUUGCCAGUGUUUGGCGGAGCUGCCGCGAAGAGAGGCCAUGCUGGAGCUACCGAUGGCUUCGCAACAUGGAGGCCUUGGCGCCAGAGCUUGCUGCGGAGGCGCGACGCCUCAAUCUCCAGGUGCUUGAGAUCGUACGGGGCUUCUUGACGUGGGGAGAGUGA